AUGGCAUUGCCCGUUCGAACCCUAGUUUCCAGAAAUUUGAGACGCUGUGCGCUAAUGCGCACGAGUAUCAAAGUAGGUUCCUUGCGUCACUAUAAAACAGGAACUGAAGCAGACGAUGUUCCUCACCGUGAAGAUGGGUUUACGAAUUUCGGUUUUCAGACUGUGAGGGAUGAGGAAAAAGAAAAAUUGGUCGGAAAUGUCUUUUCCUCGGUAGCAAAAAAAUAUGACCAGAUGAACGAUGCUAUGUCACUGGGAAUUCAUCGUCUAUGGAAAAAACACUUUAUUAAACGACUGAACCCCGGAAAUUCUGCUCUUCCAAUGCGAAUCCUUGAUGUUGCCGGUGGUACGGGUGAUAUUGCAUUUGGUAUUCUUGAUUAUGCCACCAAAGAAAAUAAAGAUACUCGAAGUAAAGUGAUUGUGGCCGACAUAAAUGCAGACAUGCUCCGUGUUGGUCUACGUCGCGCUCGUGACACACCUUACUUGGAUGCUGGAAGGCUGGAAUUUGUACAGCAAAAUGCUGAAGUGCUUGAUAAAAUUGCUGAUAACAGCAUUGAUCUGUACACAAUCGCUUUUGGUAUACGGAAUUGUACUCAUAUUUCCAAGGUUCUUGAACAAGCAUACCGUGUCCUGAAACCUGGCGGUGUGUUUUCCUGUUUGGAAUUUAGCAAGGUUCGUUUCGCCCCUCUCGCUGAACUCUACCGUCAAUAUUCAUUCCGCUUUUUGCCUUUAAUGGGAACAAUUAUUGCCGGCGAUCGGGAUAGCUAUGAAUAUUUGGUUGAAAGCAUCCAGAAGUUUCCCGAUCAGGAAACACUUGCUCGCAUGAUUAAGGACGCCGGUUUCACCUUGAGCGGAAAGACCGGCUAUGAGAAUAUGACUUUUGGUGUUGCAGCGAUACACACUGCUGUUAAGCUUUAA